AUGAUGGAUAUUGAUGUUGAAGCCAUGCUUGAUGCUCCUUACCAGGAGAAGAAGGAUGAAAGACCAGUUGAAAAUGACAGAGACCGCCAUCGUAGUCCUCUACGCAGUCCUCAUCGCCGCGAAUCCCGUCAUGAAUCUCGCCAUGAAUCUCGUCAUGAAUCUCGUCAUGAUUCUCGCCGUCGCUACGACUCACGCUAUGAAUCACGUCACCGUCAUUCUCGGUCACCCUCUCGUCACCGCUCUUCUCACCGCUCGAGUUCGAGAAGACAUCGCUACUCUCGCUCGCCCAGCCGAGACCAUCGCUACAGACGCUCACCUUCACGUGAAUACCGUAGACGUAGAACCAUCAGUCCUCCACCCAAACGCAGCCGGACUCCUGAGCGACCAAAACGUGAUAGAAGAACCCGAUCUCCUUCUCCCCCUGUGCCUGAAGAGGAACGAGAUAGAAGAACCGUAUUUGUAACCCAACUGGCUGCACGCUUGACCACACGUGAAUUUGAAGAAUUCUUUGCUCAAGCAGGUCGUGUGCGUGAAGCCAAAAUCAUUACAGAUAGAAACUCUAGAAAAUCAAAAGGCUGUGGAUAUGUUGAAUUUUAUGAUGAAACAUCUGUACAAAAUGCACUCAGCUUAUCAGGCCAAAAGCUUUUAGGUAUUCCAGUCAUCGUUCAGUUAUCAGAAGCAGAAAAAAAUCGCUUGGCUAUGGCUGCUCAAAGAAAUGCAAUGGGAGUUACAACUGAACCUUUAUAUCAAAGAUUAUACGUUGGCUCACUUCAUUUUAGUUUAACAGAGAAUGAUGUUCGACAAAUAUUUGAACCUUUCGGUCCACUUGAUUUCGUCAAUCUUCACAAAGAUCCUGAAACAGGGCGUUCAAAAGGGUUCGGGUUUAUUCAAUAUAAAAAUGCUGCUGAUGCUAAACAAGCUUUAGAAAAGAUGAAUGGCUUUGAGUUAGCUGGUAGAAAUUUAAAAGUAGGUCUUGUUACUGAAAAGUCUGGAACCACCAUGUCUGCUUUUGGCCUUGAUGACGAAGAAACGGAAGGGCUGGCAUUGAACUCGCUUUCUCGAGCAGAACUCAUGGCCAAACUAGCAGCAAGAGACCCCGACACAUCAAGCGUCAAACCUACCAAAUCAACGAAUACAAUAUUGAAGCCCAACAUUCCUGCUGCUGCCACACGUUAUGUCAUGCUAAACAAUAUGUUUAACCCCAACGAAGCAACAGAGCCAAAUUGGGUAAGAGAUCUUGAAGAUGAUGUUAAGGAAGAAUGUGAAAAAUAUGGCCAAGUAGAGCAUAUUAAAGUCAAUAGUGAUUCCAUGGGCGAAAUAUUCGUAAAGUUUGAUAGUUCUAGAUCAGCAGAAAAGGCGAUUGCAGCAUUGAAUGGAAGAUGGUUUGAUGGUAGACAGAUCACAGCUGCUUGUAUCUCGGAUGCUAUUUAUAAUGCGAAUGUCUAA